UCGAAAGUCAUUCGCGGAGUUCCUGGAGCCCAAGCGAACCUAAGCUCGAAGCGUUAAAGAAGAGAAGGGAGAGAAGAAGGCACGAGGGCUCCGAGCUCCGAAGAGAGACUUGUAUAGGUAUACCCAUUGUAUACCUAUCAGAGAAUUUUGAGUGAGAGAAUGGUGUGGUGGAGGGGGGAGAGAAGGAAGAGAAAACAUACACAGAAAACUCUUGGGUUGGCUGAUGCUUGUUGGCACAAGCAGAGAGAAGAGAGUACGACUUAACUCAUCUGAUCUGGUCCGCAGGUCGAUCUCUUUCCGCCAACAACAUAGAUACAGACAGUGUGAGCGGGAGAGAGAGAGAGGCCGCAAGUCUCUCUCUUUCUCUCUCUCUCUCUCUUUCCUAGAUCAGUAGUACAGUGAGUAUUUUUUUUUUUUUGAGUGUUCUUCCUCGUGUUGAGUAUAGUGGUGAAAAUAGUGUGCUAUUGUUGUGCGCGAACGAGUCGUUGUUAAUAUAUAAAGUGUACCUGCAUCGUCGACGAAGACGACGAUGGCGACGAAGAAGACGUAAGAAGUAGCAUCGGCCUCCAUAAAUGUAUGGGUAGCGCUAGUCAACAGUUUUACAGUUUAUCUUGGGGUGAAUUUGGCUCGUCGUUAACGUCUGCAGUGCAGUUACUUCGUGGACACGGUGAUCUUGUUGACGUUACUUUGACAGCUGGUGGACGUAGUUUCUCGGCUCAUAAGAUUGUCCUUUCUGCAGCAAGUCCGUUUCUUCUGGACAUAUUAAAGAGUACACCAUGUCAGCAUCCGGUUAUUAUGCUAGCAGGUAUUUCUGCGAGUGAUUUAGAAUCUAUAUUGGAAUUCAUUUACAGAGGCGAAAUAAGCGUGGAGCAGUCACAGUUGCCUUCGCUGCUACAGGCAGCUCAGUGUCUCAGCAUUCACGGUCUUCCCCCGUCAGUCGUUAUGUCACAGAAAGGAGAAGAAAUUCCGAUUUCGUCUAUACCUGGUUGUAACGAUCCCAGUGUUGCGAGAGACACAAUGAAUUCUUAUCUUGCCCAGCGCAGACGUAAGAAGAAAAGGAAGCAGGAGGGUGGUGGUGGUAAAUGGCCAAGAGCUUAUUCCAUUGAUUCGAGGUCAUUAGAUGAUCAUUCGGAGGACAAUAGAUCUUUGGACUACGGACACAAGGAGCACGACGAGAGCAGUGAAGCGAAAAGGCGUGCGGAGCAUCACGCGAACCAUCACAUCGGCUCGCCGUUGCCGCAACACCAGCUAGUCCAUCCUGUGGUCGAGCACAACGCAGGCACGGCCCUAAUCACCGACUCCGAGAGCGAGCCCCACCUGCACAACCUGAUGCCCAUGCAGCCGUACUCGCCUCUCCACAUACCCCAAUUCCCGGGGGCCAUUCAAACGAUGAGUUACCCAGCCUCGGCCGUAGCCGCCGCUGCCACGGUCGGCGUAGCGGCGGUCGCGGUUGGCGUGUCGACGCCGAGCGGCACCUCGACACCCCACAGCAACUCGUCCUCAACGACACCCAGCCAAUCGUCCACGGGUGCCAAGAUACGCGGCGCCUCCGACUGCCCCGGGGUUUGUCCGCUUUGUGGGGCCACCCUCCGGCAAGCGAGGAACUUGCGCCGGCACCUGCUCUCCUCGUGCAAGUAUCGCUUCACGGCUAACCCGAACCAGCAGCAACAGCAGCACCAGAUGAUGCCGGCCGACUCGAUGUCCAUCGAGGUCAAGCCAGACGUCAGCGUGUCCGGUUACGGCAGCGGCGGUGCUGGCUCCCAAGGCAGUGCCGAGAGCGCGUCGAGCAGCUGCGAGCAGAUCGUCUGCAAUCCGAGCCCGCUGCCGUCGCCCUCGCCUCAAGGCGAGUGGAACUCUAAGUCGAGAACAUUGUCGGAUCAGCCGGCCACUUGUCCGCUGUGCGGCGCCGUGAUCCGGCAAUCGAGGAACUUGCGCCGACACUUGGAGCUAUUACACUUCGGAGCUGGUGCUGGUAAAUCGGGCACGAAGAGUAAAAAAGACAAGUCGGACAAGAGCUUCGCGCCAAGGUCCUCGCCCGCCUAUUCAAAAGCUUCUCUUACGGCUUUGAGGGAGAGCAUGCACGCUAAGGCGAGCACUGCUAGUCACUCGUCGAUGCCUUCGUUGAACUUGAGCACCAGCUCCAGUGCGUCGAGCAUCAACGUUCCAAGGUCGAGCGCCCUGGGCUCGAGCAGUCACCACCUUCACCACCACCACGCUCAUGCCCACGGCCACGGGGGACACCACACUCCCAACACGAAUCCGGCCCACACGAUACCAGCAGUAACUCACCCGCCGUCGUCGAUAGCGCCGCCAAACAAUGGCAUUUACUCGGCGGAGGGGGCGAGCAUGCUGAGUACUCUGUUCCCGAGUCUUCCGACGUUACCAACGCUAUCCUCCCCGCACGACGUGUUCCGGCACUCCGAGUUCCUUCGGGCGAACAUGGGCUACUCGCCGGAAGCGGCGAGGCAACAGCACGCCAACCGGCACUUGCAACGCGCGGACGUCACUUGAGUGCACGCGUACACUUGAGAUU